AUGCCUUCACACAAGAAUCCAAAAAGUCACUGUUGGCUUCCUUCACGCGCAAAGAAAGACUCACCAUUCGAAAUCCACCUCGAUGCACAUUCUGAGACAAAAGUUUAUACCUCAGGCUCAACAAUUUCCGGCUUCGUAACUAUAACAGCCCAGACUCAAAUCCCUUUCCAAGAUGUGCAGGUUGAUUUGAUAGGCAAGACUACAACCUGUGGCCAUGCAUUCCAGUAUGGCACACCUUUUGUUACCCAUAUUUUUAUGCAGCUACAAAUGCCGAUCUCGGCAUCGACUCUACCACUUAGUCGGACACUUGAAGUCGGAAGAUCUUAUAACAUUCCGUUUGUCUUUGUCGUCCCUGAUCAGCUAUCUCCUGCGGUAUGUGGUCAUGAGAAUACGGCAGUAUGGGAGCGACAUCUACGACCACCACCGAGUAUCGGAGUAUGGGGCUGUGAUGAUCUCACGGGCGGUUCCGCACAGGUUAAUUACAUGAUCAGGGCGCGGCUCAUACUAGGGAAGGAUAAACGGGGAAAUGCUCAAUAUCUCGAUGAGAAUUAUCCUAUCAUGGUUUUUCCAAUAUUCCCCGAACAACCGCCACUGCAUAUCAACACCAGCGACUCAGAAUACUGCUUAGUCAAGACCAAGACGAUCAAGACAAUAACAAGAACUAAGAUGGGAGUCAUAAGAGCUUCAGCUACGCAGCCAAGACCGAUUGUGAUCUGCCUAGACGACUUAGGGACAUCUCAUUCUCAGAUACCUAUUGACCUUGAAUACAUCCCUGGGUCACCUGGCGGAACCUGCCCUGGAAUACGGAUCAAAUCAGCCACCAUCGAGACAUUUACCAGUUUCCGGCUCGGUCAGGCUGGGCAUCUGCCUGACCACCAGCAACGACCAUCAAACACAGCCUCUCCAAUAGCACCGUGGUCAACUUCACAUCGCUUAGUCCUCGAUUGUACAAAUCAGGUGACGUGGGAAAGGAAACAGCCCUUCUGCUCAGUAGAGAAUUCACAAAUACGUGCUCCAGAGUCGACUCGAAGUACUCGAGAACACGUCACCGAGACGUCGAAAUGUUCAAGUUCGAGUUUUGUCAGUCAGCAAUUUGUUCCGUCCAAGAUUGAAUCGUACAAAACUAGACUUAUCCAGUCUUUUAAGCUUCCCACCGAGAAACUGUUCUUCCUCCCGACAUUUUACUCGUGUCUACUGAGCCGAACAUACCGGAUUCGACUCACCCUGGCCGUGACCAUUGGCACUUACGGCACGACGGUUUCCCUAGUUCUGCCACUGCAAGUAGCAGUUAACAGAGUUGAUGCCGCGAAAGAUACAGAAUUACCCUGCUAUACGCAAGAUGAAAGACAGCCCGAACAAGCUGAUGGUGUACCUCCACCAUACUAUAGUUAG